AUGGCGCCCAACAACGACGACCCCUUUGACGACCUCCUUACGCUAGAGGACACACUCUACACGACAGCGCACGACCAAGGCGUAGCAGACGGCGCGCGAGCCGGCCGAAUCGAAGGACGCAUCUUCGGUCUGGAAAGAGGAUUCGAGAAGUUCGCCGCGCUGGGGGAGCUGCACGGUCGAGGCAGCGUUUGGGGAUCACGCAUACCGUCCACAGCAUCAACAUCUCCUUCCUCCUCUCUACCCCCCCUCGCCACCACCUCAACACGACUCCUCUCCAACAUCACACUCUUGUACCACCUAACCGACCCCCCAACCUUCUCAACCGCAAACACGGAAAUCAGUGUCGCCGACUUCGACGACCGAUUCAAGCGCGCUGGCGCAAAAGCAAAAGUAAUCGAGCGCAUUGUAGGCGAGACGCUUACCUCUGCUUCCGGUUCUACCACCACCACCGCCACAGACGCAAGGUCGCCAGAGCGGGCCGCCGGUGCAGCGAAAGGGAGGAACGUCAGGUUGGAGGGAGAGGGGAAGAAGGGAGGGAAGAAGGGAGAUGAUAGUAUGGAGGAUUUUGGGGGGUCGAGACUGAUUGGGUGA